GGGCUGACGAAGUUCAUUGAUAUCCUGUUUCAAAUGAGAUGGUUUACUUGUAAAUCAAGCCACCGGUUUACUGGCCGCCACCGCUGGUUCCCCGCCGCUGAUUCCCAGCCGCUAACAUUGCCAAUCAAUUAACCAGCUCCCUUGUUCAUAUAUAAAGCCGUGAAUCACUAUCUCUUAAGUGGUGUUUCUGUGUCAGACGGUAAAAUGUGUAUAUCAGUGUUUCUAUGGCAAGCUCAUCCGCUUUAUCCGUUUCUUCUAUUGCUCAAUCGAGAUGAAUAUCAUGACCGACCGACAGAUCCAUUAAAUUGGUGGGAAGGUGGAAAAAUAUUGGGUGGCAGAGAUGUGACAGCCGGGGGAACGUGGUUGGCAUCUAGCAGAGGAGGAAAGGUGGCUUUUGUCACCAAUGUACGCGAAGUUAAGCUAAUAUCUAAUGCAAAGAGUAGGGGAGAUCUUCCAGUUCGUUUUUUGAAGAGCAACAAAAACCCCAUGGAGUUCGCAGAAGAAAUUGCAAAGGAAGCAGAUCAAUACAAUGGAUUUAAUUUAUUAGUUGCUGAUCUUUUGUCCAUGGAUAUGGUUUAUGUAACCAAUAGACUGAAAGGAGAUAACUGCUACAUGACUACAGUUUCACCAGGGGUCCACGUUCUAUCAAAUGCAAGUCUGGACACUCCCUGGCCUAAGGCUCAAAGAUUGGAGCAUGGUUUUAGAGAUCUUUUGGAUCAAUAUUGUGAAGGUGAAAUUCCCAUUAAUGAGAUGGUUGAUAAGCUGAUGGGAAACACUGUUAAAGAUGAAAUUAGCAUGCUUCCUGAGGUCUACAAUCCAGAGUUUGAGUACCAGCUGAGUUCUGUAUUUGUUGACACAGUAACUCCGAAGGGACGUUAUGGUACGCGAAGCACCUCUGCGUUGGCUGUGAAAGCAAGUGAUGAAGUAUUCUUCUACGAAAAGCAUCUGGAAAAUGACUCGUGGAAAGAGCAGACAGCAACAUACAUGAUCGAGAAAGAUGAGAAGUGAUCUCAGAAUAUUUGAUCGUUAAAUUCGGACUGCAAAGUUUGCUACAUUUACAUUUUCCUGUGAGUUGCUUCCCUUAUAGCUACUUCCUGUGGAGUUCAACGAAUAUUGGUAUAUGCUUCCGUUAUAGUUACUUGAUACAUGUAACAAAUGCUAGUUAACUCUAUCCGAUAUAUUUCACAUACCUUGAAAUGAUACACUUUUGAUAAAAA